UUAGUUAGCAACAUGCUAAGGAAGUAAAGCAAAUCAAUGCUUCCAGAACAGAAUGGGCGAGAAUGAGGAAACCGGAAAGGGACUGUGUACAGUUCUGGGUUGACCGAUGGAUUUUUUAACCCUGUUUGUUAUGUACGUUGUGGUGGUGUUGGCGUGCAUUGCCCUGGUUUGCAAAUAUUCUGGUCAGCAACAAACUCCCUUUGGCUUACUACUCAACUCAGUGACUCGGGUAUUGUCACCUUGGACACCAAAAUGGCUCUGGAGUUUGUUUCAAAGGACUUUACACGGGCUGUUUCAUCAGCGGAACAACAUGUUUAUCUACCUUCACCUGUUGCUGGAAGGGGCUGCAUAUACUGAGUUCAGUUAUGAGGUGUUUGGCUACUGCAGGGACAUGGGUACAACUCUGACCAGCCUGGCUGCACCCUAUGUCUUCCUGGUUGUCAAAUCCAUCUUCUUCUACCUGUGUAUCCGGAGAGAUCCCGGCACGGUGACCAGGAGGAAGCAUGCCAUCCAGCUGCAGGUGUACCCGUAUGACGGGACAAUGUUCAACCCUGGAGUUUCUUGCCCCACCUGCCAGCUGGUCAAGCCAGCCAGAUCCAAACACUGUCGAGUGUGUAACAGGUGUGUGCAGCGUUUCGACCACCACUGUGUCUGGGUCAACAACUGUGUUGGGGCCCAGAACACCCGUUACUUCCUGAUGUACCUACUGAGCGUGUGCGGCAUGGCGGGCUCCAUGGCGGUGUUGACGGGGGACAUGUUGUUGCAGGCGGUGCUGAGGUCAGGGCUGCUAAGGGCUCACUACCUGGACCAGCACGGGCAGCAUCAGCAGGCAGGGACUGCCUUCAUCAUACAGCAUCUGUUCCUGACCUUCCCAAGGAUUGUCUUCAUGCUUGGUUUCCUGGUCUUUGUCUGCUUUCUGCUGGCCAGCUACUUCCUGUUUCACUCAUACUUGGCUCUGGUCAACCAGACCUCCAAUGAGUGGUACAAGCUCCGAGGUUCUGUCUGCCAGCACUGCCACCCCACUGCGCCCAGCCACCUCUGUGGCCCCCGACCGGAACACUCCACAAGGUUCUUCUACAGCAGGGGGGUCGUCAAGAACCUAUGGGAGAUACUCUCUCCGCUCCGUCCCACUCACAAGAAAAACAAUUAACACACCUGAGACUUUCAUAGGAAGAUUGUUAGAUGUUAGUAUUGUUUUGUAUUUUAUAAGAUAUCGAUAUUGAGGCAUGGGGUGGGUGAAUAAAAACUAUUUUAUUUAUUGAA